AUGGGUAUGGUUUUACUACAGAAUGUCUCACCACUGUUUGGCUCUUUGUCAAAAACUGCCAAGCCAACGAGACAUGGUAGUGCUGCAUCACUCAGUAUACCGUUAUGCACUAGUUUGGACAGACUCCUUCAAUGGACACAAUGGUUAGAACGGCAUAUACAGUCUGGAUCCAUCUCAAAAGACAUUGUAGCUUCAGUCAUGGAUCGCCAUUUGUUUACAAUACUCCACAAAUCUGCUGCUACUCAUGUGAAUAGCUCUGCACGAGUCACUGGAGAACUACUUUGUUUGCUAAAUUGUCUCCUCACAAAGUGCACAUCCAACAAAGUCCGAUUCUCGGCUACCUCUGCAAAAUCUCUCACGCAAGUCUAA